UUUCAUUACAAAAAUAUGAAAUUCACCAAUAGGCGCAUAAUACCCAAUUCCCACUAUAAUGGAUUCUUCUUCGUCAUAUUUCUCUCUGGCCGGCUGAUCUCACCGGUGAUGUCCCUCUCUUCGUCAUAAUCACCAUCAUUUUGCUAUAUUUGGUAACAUCUUUGAUGCCCUUUUAUUAAAUUGAUGGCAUCUAAUUGGUAGUCUUUUUUAUUCAUUUUGACAUUGUUGAGUAAGUUUGGUGAAUUAUGUAUCUCUUUCCGAUUCUUCAAAAUGCUACAAUUUGAGUUUGCGAUGGGAUUUAAUUUUAGAUUUUUGAGAUUGUAACCGGUUUCUGGAUAAGGAGCUGCACAUGUUGGGUUUAGACAUAAAAGAAAUAAGUGAAAAAUUUGAUCGUUUGAUAGUUGAUAUCUUAGAGACAGAUCACCUUGAGCUUUUGUGAUAUCUUUUGAAGAUAGUUGAUAUCUUAGAGACAGAUCACCUUGAGCUUUUGUGAUAUCUUUUGAAGGAAUUAUAAUUCCAUAUGGAGCACCUUCCUGUUGAAGUCAUUGGUAACAUAUUGUUUCGGCUAGGAGGUGCCCGAGAUGUUGUGAUAGCAUCUGCAACAUGCCGAAAGUGGCGAGAAGCUUGUCGAAAACAUCUUCACACGCUUUCAUUCAAUUCCAAUGAUUGGCCAGCCUAUCAUGAUCUGACAACUAGUCGACUUGAAAUAUUGAUAACUCAAACUAUUUUUCAAACCACUGGGUUGCAAGGCCUGUCAAUUUUGAUGGACGAUGUUGAUUUCUCAGCUUCAACAGUUAUUGCUUGGCUCAUGUACACCAGGGAAACUCUACGCAGGUUAACCUAUAAUGUCCGGACUACUCCCAAUGUUAAUAUUCUUGAGAUUUGUGGGAGGCAGAAACUAGAAAUGUUGGAAUUGUCCCAUAACUCCAUCACAGGGGUUGAUCCAAAUUUCCAGAGAUUCCCUUGCUUGAUAUCCCUUUCUUUGAGUUAUAUCAGUAUUUCGGCUCUUGAUCUCAGUCUUUUGCUCACUGCAUGCCCAAAGAUCGAGUUUUUGGAACUUAUCAAUCCAGAGAUUGCAAUGUCUGAUGCACAGGUGACGAUUGAACUCUGCAGUCCUACGCUGAAGAAAGUUUACGUUGAAGCAAUAAGUUUGGACAAGUUUAUUUUGGAGGCAGACGGUAUUGAGUGUUUGCACUUGAAGGAUUGUGCCCUCGAGCUUUUUGAACUUAUCGGAAAGGGGACUUUGAAGCAUUUCAAGAUUGACGAUGUUAGCGUCAUUCAUCUCGAUAUUGGUGAAACAAUCGAUAAUCUUGAGAUUGUAGAUGUCAGCAACUUCACAAUUAUCUGGCCAAAAUUCUACCAGUUAAUCUCAAAAUCGUGCAAGUUAAGAAGGCUUCGGCUUUGGGAAAUUGUCUUUGAUGACGAUGAUGGGAUUGUGGAUUUGGAAACAAUUGCUGUUUGUUUUCCACAGCUUACCCAUUUGUCGUUAAGUUACGACUUAAGAGAUGGGAUCCUUCAUUAUGGUCUGCAAGGAUCUUCUAACUUAGUGAAUGUGGUGGUCUUGGAGCUUGGAUGGAAUGUGAUUAACGAUCUCUUCUCGCUCUGGGUCGAGGGGAUGCUGAAACGGUGUCCGAAUCUCAGGAAGUUGGUAAUUCAUGGAGUUGUUUCAGUGGCAAAAAGCCAUGAAGAAUGCCAGACGUUGGCUAAUUUCACAUCAUUCAUAGUUCAGCUCAUGAGAAAAUACAUAAAUGUAGAUGUGCAGUUUAAGUAUGAAUAGAAGCUUCCUGAUUGUUUCAUGAUUAUUCAAGUUCUCCUCAAAUAUUAGCUCUAUAAGCACAUUUUCAGGUAAAUCUCAAACAUAAAGAGCCCGAGUAUCAUUUUCAUGCCCUGUAAAUGAUCAUUGAUGUCUUCUUAUUCUUAGAUGAAAAGUUUUGUCUCUUUGUAUUCAUCUAUGGUGCAAUGCAACUUGUCGAAACCUAUGUUUCAGCAUUUCGUUUAUGUUUUGGCGAUGCUUGCGAAAAUCCGAAAGUCUAUAUUUAUAAUCAACUCAUAUAAAAAUUGUUGUUUCGUGUUUUCCGUUUCAUUAA